AUGGAUUCAAUGCUUAACUCCGAAUCCGACGGAGAAUAUGAAUAUGAAUAUGGUACAGAGACAGAGACCUUUUAUCUUAACCUGGACCUGACCGCCCACCAUGGCCCAGUGCGCCCCCCACGCCGUCGCCCAAAGGAAACAACCUCCAUGGAGGAUACACAAAACCCUGGAGACGACAUGAGCCAGGGAUUUCCAAGCGAAGCUUAUCCUCCGAUCGAGAGUGCCGAAACAGCCAGCCUUCCGAACGAACGAAUCCAAAUUCUCGACCUCCACACAAGCAACCCAAUCAUCUCAUACUACAACCAAAUGUUCAGUUGCUCCUGGGCCGACCAAAUUGGCACUGAACUAGUUUUUGCCAGCCCAGACACGGAAACAGACCCGGACAACCACCUCCCUCAACCGCUACACCGUGGACCCUCCUACGAGCUUUUGGCCGCCAACAGCGUGAAGAUCCUCGGUCGAAAGGCACAGCUCGUCCCCAGCGCUGGGACAGCAGUAGCCCAAGGAUUUACCGAGGAAACCUCAAAUACAGGACCUACCCCGGAUUCUGCAUCUUCUCAGGGCGCCGAACCCCUCGGUGUACCUCGUCGCCCCGCAGGGCCAUCCCAUCAGGCGCAGUUCCUCUACAGGCUGCAGCAGAUUAAGAACGCUAAAGGGGAACCUGACACCGUUCGCACCGUCAUGAGUACACGUCGGCAAGUAAAUAUGACGGACAGACAGCAUGGCUGGGCCCGUACUGAGGCUCAGCUUGCUGAGAUUGAGCGGCUGAACGAACGUGCUUCGAGAGGGGACUUGGAGGCCAAGGCGACUCUUGAGCUGCUAAUUCAAGAGCUAAACCAAGACCUCAAUCCCGAGGGGGCCGCGUCUGAGUCCGGCUCGGAGUUAACUUCUGACAGCGAUGACUCUACUUCAUGA